CUAUUGCCCGUGCCGGAAAGGGAACAGCAGUCUUUGUCGCGGAGAAUGAAAACCCUGAUGCGAAAUUGAUGGCGUUACUCCGCGCUGCCCGUGGUGCAGUCGUAGAGGAUCUGACCGUUGACUGGGGUAGUGGGGCAAAAGAUGACGAACCUUUGGAUAUUGAAGACGAUUUUGAACUCGUCUCUUUACCUGGGGAUACGCCUGUGGAUGUGAAAUUAUCCCACCCAAUUAGUCUUUAUGACGAAAGAUCCAACCAAAACUCACCCGAGCUUGGUCCCCAGAAGAUGACCGUACACCUUCCUCCUUCCCCAAUGAUCCAACAAGCACCAAAGUCUGAUAAACUACCUAUCCCUUUAUACCCAGGGUUCCGAUGCAAUAUCUUUGCCAUCGCCCGCAAAGGCGAAAACCCAGGACCUCAUUCUCCCUAUAUCGAAGUCAAAGGCAAUGUGCUUGGAAAAACAGUCUCUCUUCAGAUACCCGUAGAACCAAUCCACGAUCACCCUGCCACUACGGCCAAUACAAAGA